AUGACUACAAUCGUCGAAAGGGAAACAUUGAAACUCAGAGUGAAGCAAAUGGAGAAAAGUACUUUCCUAACACGUUUGUUUAGGAAAUACACAAGGCGGCUCCACAUCUACAUUGACUGCAGCGAGCCAGAGCUUGAGAAUUUUACUAACUAUAUCCUGCCUCAAUUCUUCGACACGCAGAAGUUGAUUGAAGUGAUAUUCAUUGGUCCGAGCUAUAUACGACAGAAUCCCCAUACGCCUGUGGUUAAGUUAAAGAGAAAAAUAACAGAGAGCUUGCUGUUCAAACACAUCCACUGUAUACAGAGGUUGGCGUUUAUGGGUUGUGAGAUGAGCGCAGCACAGAAUGUCGAAAACGAGAAGUAUACGCACAAGCACUUCGAAAAUUAUUCGAGGCCAUUAUCGUUCAGCAACGUCUCGCACCCCGCCGACGCCGUGCUCUCCAGGUGCAAUGCUCUCUUGAUGAUGUUUUCUACAUUACAGCACAUAUCAGUCGAUUACGACCACAUAAGCACGGAAGCCUUGGAAACGCUAUCCCAUCUCACUUUGUUCAAGAAUCUCACACUCAAUAUCGCGCGAAGAAGGAAGUUGGUCUUGAAGCCUAUCAAUUGGCAUCUAUUAGACGUCUUCUAUCCGAACGGACUCGACGUCUCCGUUAACAUUAUUGGUUUACCACCUCAAAAGUUAAAAGAUGUUAUGGAUAAAGUUUUAGUCGAGGGAUUGACGCUGGUUUCGUUGAAAGUUAUGUUUUGCGAAACGUUCUACGCACCACUACUGAGGCACUUAUUGAACCUUUAUACGACAACACUGCGCGAACUAGUAUGGGUCGACUGUCCCGACGAUUCGCCGGACACCCUCAAUAGAAAUAUCAAAACCAGCCAGGAGGAAGAGUACGACGUGUGCAACGUGAACCCCUUCAUAUUAUUAUGCUGGCACUGUGUCCAACUUCAGACGCUUGUUAUACACGGGUACUGGGUGUGGCAGUACGAUUUGGAGGGAUUUGUGCGGCUGCGUAAGUCGCUACGGCGGCUCGAGGUGUCGGCCCUGUCGCGCGGGUGGCGCCUCGCGCUGCAGCGGCGCACCUGCGCGCGUCGCCUGCGCCUCACCGACGUGCCGACCGCGCCAUCUGCGAGCUUCGUGCAGCAAGUGAACGAACACACUGAUUUCAAAUGGAAACCGUGUCAGUGGAGCAAACUCCAUCCGGGACUGCGCGCCCGAGCCACGCCCGAGCAACGUGCCGACUACGUACUGCAUGAAGCCAGGCAGACGUUGGGUAUUACGUAA